AUGUGGUGCUACUGGACUAAAGACGACGGUCUUGGACGUACCGGGGUGCUGAUAGCUUGCUACUUAGUGUAUUCGUUACGAAUACGGGCAAACGAUGCAAUACGAUUAGUUCGGAAGAAACGUCCUAAAUCCAUUCAAACUAGCGGGCAGAUACUAUGUGUUCAGCAGUUUGAGCAUUACAUCUUGCCCCAGACCGUGGUAUUCAGCUCCAAAGAACCUCUUAUGUUAACUAAAGAUCCAAAAACAUGUGAAUUUACCCUACGACAAUACUUGUAUAGACAACGAGCUACUUUACACGGCCUGGACGAGAGAGUAUUCAGAGAACUACCUAAGAUAGUGUUUUGUAUUUGCGAGCGCCUAUUAAAAUUAUGCGGGUGUCGAGACAGCGGUGGACUGGAUUAUCGCGUUAAAAAUAGAGCCUUUUACAAAAUGUUCUUAUCGUAUAAACUGAAACAAGGAAAGCCUCCCGAUUUGACAACUCCAGAUGAAAAUAUCAAUGGAGACAAACCUCCAACCCUCCCAAUGAUAGAAUGGAGGGAUCCGGUAGAAGAAGACGUGGAAAGAAACCUGGAGUCUGUUAGCAGAUUUACCAGCUCCAGUAAUAUACCUGCUGUACAAGUGUACGAGGCAUUCUUAAGUGAUCAUCAAAAUCUUCCACAGGAGAAACAAAAAUACAUAAAACAAUUAAGAAUUGAAAUUAAUCAAAGAAGAGAAGCAAUGAGUAAAAUUGAUGAAGAGGAAGAUCCUAACAUAUUGUCAGCACUGUUAUUCGAAUGGUUAGAAGGUUUGAAACAGCCAGUACUAGAUAAGGAAGAUCUAUCUAACAUAGUCUGUCGCUCCACCAAUGUCAACUCGUGUAUUAUGGCUUUACAAAUGGAAGAUAUCAUACUAAUCGAGUAUUUACUACGCUUCGUCGUACGACUACGCCCUCUCGUGGCACACAAGAAAGUUGAUGUUUUAAAAAGAAUACUUGCAUCUUUAACACACCAAACAACUAAUAUUAAUGGGAAAUUCUUGCCCAAUAAAUGUUUUCCAAGACUUAGAGAUGGAACAGGCAGCCAUAUCAUUAAUUUUAUGCUAAGAAUGAUUGUUGAAAUACAACAAGACAUCGCAAAACCAAGUCGCGUAGAGUCCGAUGUUGUGAUAGCCCCAAGAAGAUUGAAAAUAAAAGCAUGGACAUAA